CUCGUCUUUUGUCUGUGCUGCCUGCAGCUCUGACCUCUCUGGUACAAUGCUCUGCAGCAUGACGAGAAGCAAUAACCGGUGACUGACAUUAACAUCCCUGUCUCCUUUUGUCAGAGAUGAUAAUUAAUAAAUCAUGCACAGGGGAGCAUGGCAGACUGAUUGUGCCCUUUGGUGUUACGUGUGGUAAGGAUUAGCAUCAACACAGCUCUGCACACUGUUUUCCAGUUAAUAGGUCCCUGAACUUUAAACUUUGGGCCAAAAGCUGAAUGCAUCUUAGCAAGCAUGGAAUUGAAGUCCCUCAUCUGUAUGCACUAGUUAGUGUAUAUGCUGGCACCUCAGGUUACUUGCCCCCUUAGUUUCUAAAUGUCGUUACCAGGCAAGUGUUGUGUUUCACUUGUGGUUUCCAUUUGAAUGAUAAGACUUGUUACAGGAUCAGCAAAUAGGGAGAUGUGGUUUACAUCGAAACCACUCAUUGCUGAUGCCGUGGAGUUAAUUGGUACAUGCAUUACCAAUUCAGCUUACAACACCGAUAACCCAAGGAUCAAAGAACAAUGAACAAUGAAGAGUGUGCUUUUUUUGUUGUUGUUGUUUUAUUUGGGGGGGGGGUUGUGUUUUUGGAAAACCCAUCACACUCAUGCUUCAUUGACAGUGACUUAUCUGUGUCUGUGUGUGCACAGUCUCUCCACGAGUCCAGCACAAGAAGCUCCACGAUGCCGGACACAAUCAUGUCCAAGGAGCCCAGUUCCAACCUGGAGAGUGCCAUGCAGAUGCUCAUAAAGACCUUCCACAAGUAUUCAGGGAAGGAAGGCGACAAGUACACUCUGAGCCGGGGCGAACUGAAGGAGCUGCUACUAGAGGAGCUGGGGAGUUACUUAGGGAGCUCCAAAGAUAAUGAAGCAGUUGAGAAGGUGAUGAACGACUUGGACGCCAACAACGACGGGGAGGUGGACUUCACCGAGUUCAUCAUUCUGAUGGGCGCCCUCACAGUCGCCUGCAACGACUUCUUCCUGGAGUACAAAACAGACGACAAACCCAAAGAUGGCGAGUCAGCGCAGAAGAAAGAUUGAAUCACUGCAAAAGAAGGAGGGGGGGAGGAG